AUGCUUCAUCGUAUGGGGCGAAAGUUAUCUCUCCUCAAGCUCCUACCCAGACGUUCGCACGUGGAGAAGGCUGAAACUGUAACACUACAUAUUGGUAUGAAAACGGAGGUGGAGGUCCUUCGUGAGGAAGUGCCAAGGAAGAAUAGCCGUGUCUCCUCGCGCCGCCUUGCAGGCGCCACAAUGUCACAGUCCUCCUUGAAAAAGGGAAAGGUCACCAAGGACGAUAGCGCCAUCUCUGCCCUUCCUUCGAACCCUUCCUCAUCGCUAAAAGGGAAGAGGGUCACUCGAAAACCUGCACCUAUCUUUAUCCCUCCCCUCUCAACCACGACUCAUGUUAUACAUCCGAUGCAACCGACGUUUGUAUUUCCGGCCGAUUAUUCUCUAUCAAGUGCAUCCCAAUCGCCUCCCAUCCAGUCUGAUGACGAUAUAAUCCCUUCUCUGUGCUCCGAGUAUUUGCCAAACUCGACUGGAGAUAUGCAUUCCCAUUUCAUGAUCGCACCGAGUAUCCAAAUGGGACACACAGAAGCCGUCGUUCCGCCAUGUAUUCCGGUUGCCCAACCACCAACAUUAUCUGCUCCAUUGUUUCCCAUCGGACCUGCAAACGAAACUAGAUCUAUCUCACCAUCACAAUUGGCGAAGCACUCUGCUACCAAGAGGCCGCAAAUUCACCGAGUAGGAGCAAUGCUCCGAGCAAUCUUCGGUAGCGAAAAGGGAAGGCGACAUGCAGUGUCCAUUGGGAGAAAGUCAUCCAAUAAGCGCAAGAAGAUGAACAGGUCCCAUCCGCCGUCCCCUAAAAGGGCUCGUCAUAAUAACCUUGUUGAGGAACCCGCUCUCAGUGUUGCUUAUCAACUUCAUGGAGUCCAUCUCUCUACUUCUCAGCCCCUUCCACAUUACGGAAAGAAAGUUCGAGAAAUCGAAGAGACCUCUGCUGGAUCAAGUGGUGUUCUAGAAGUGGCCAUCGGAGUUUCCUUCCUUCAUAACAAGCUAUCAUACACCACCAGGAACAAACAACGACCAGUGGUGCCUGCCCUUCUGACAUUCAGUAAGGGUUAUCCACAUUUCUACUCGGGAAUUCGGCGUCGAUCGCCUUCUAUGAAGAAUCAGCCAGAGAAAUUAUUCUCCAU